AUGAUGCAGCUUAAACACUUGAUGUUAGGAACUAUCACUUUUGUAAUUCGAGCAAGUGCAUUUGAUGGUGCCACACAUGGCGUAGAUUGUCAGGAUUACAAGUACACUUCUGCGCUCAUAAACAAUGCUAUGGAACUUGCAUGCAAAGAUUCACAUGGAAAUAUUCUAGAUAUAUCUACACGUCCGGUUCAGAAAUAUAUUGAAGGACGAAAUACUGAGUAUUAUUGGUUUCUCCUACCUUUAUCAGUCUUAGAUCGUUAUAAAAAUUUUAAUUAUGCUCAAUUAACCAGCAACCGCAUAAUUGUCGACCCUCAAUGUAAUUUCAGAAAGGUUGUAAAGCUCAAGUAUGACAUGAAUAACAACAAUGUUGUACAGGAUAGUGAUGUGAAUGAGUGCUCUAGAACUAAUUGA